CCGUUUCACAGUGCUCCGAAAUAAAAGAAAUAGGAAAAACAGACGCUUUUAAUUUGCUUUAUAUAUUUACACUUGCGAGGGGGUGGGGCCCCUCUUACCCACACGUGGAGAAACUACUUCUCUGGCAGUAUUAUUGUCCCCCUGAAGGAAGCGAGGCGGCAGCAACCAAGGAAAAUAACCUGAAAACUGAGGGAGAGAUUUUAUUCAGGUUGGACGCAUGUAGCCCAACUUAUAUGAGAAUAUUAGGUUUGCAAGGAAAAGGUGCAUCAGCUUUUUGUAAGAAUUGGUGAUGUUGGAGGUCGUAGUGAAGAAGACAAAGCCGUAAUGAAUGUACCCUCCACCGAGCAUGGAAAGGCAUACGCUCCUCUCCUCCAGGGUCCAUGGGACUAUGUGAGAGCAGAAAUGCAGGAGAUCCUGCUCUCGCCUUACCUGCCUGCGUCCUACGCCUUCUUGACGCACAUCCUCCUCUGCGCACCUUACCUCGCGCUGGACGUGCUGGGCAGCGUCUGUCAGCGGGUCCAGCUGUGGAGGGUCGCUGCCGCCUCGGGUCCGCCGCCGUCUCCCCAGCAGUGGUUGGACUGUUUUUGGAGGGUGCUGUGCAGAUAUCUGAGCUCCGUCCUCCCCGCCACCGCGCUGUUUCAGACCCUGAGGAGCCCCACGUUACCGGAGCUGGCUCCGUCCUGCUGGCAGCUCUUUGUGGAAGUCUUUGCAUGCCUUCUGCUUUUUGACAUGCUCUUCUUCAUAUGGCACUUCUCCAUGCACAGGUUUCCUUGGCUGUACCGCAACAUCCACCAGCUGCACCAUCAGCACCAUAUACCCUUUGCUCUGGCAGCGCAGGACGCCAGCUCGGCUGAGCUGCUGUCGCUGCUGCUGCUGGCUCUGAGCAGUGCCUGGAUGGUGGGUUGCCACCCUCUGAGUGAAGCCUUUUUCCACCUCGUCAACAGCUGGCUGGCGGUGGAGGACCACUGUGGCUACAACCUGCCCUGGGCUCUGCACAGACUGCUGCCCCUUCUGGGAGGAGCUCCAUACCACCAAGCCCACCAUAGUCUCCACAGUGGAAACUAUGCCCCCUACUUCACCCACUGGGACCACUUCUUUGGCACAUACCAUGCAUGAAUGUGGUAUUCAUGUCAAAUGACAAAACUGUUGCUUAUGUUCCAGACAAGCAAUCAGGACACAAUGAAGGAUAUUUUCUUGAUUUUUCUUGAUCAGAUUUUCAUAUGAAUGGUGGAUGUGAGGGACAUGUGAUCCCAUGUGAAUCCCACAGUUUAUUGUGAACCAGCCAUUGUUACUUCAGUUCCCUACAGUAUCAAGAUAUUUUGAGAAAUCUAAGCACAAAAUGCCAUUUAUAAUAAAAAUCAAAUCUCAGAUUUCAGAAAGUGCAUAGACAGAGAUGUUCCCAUGCAUUUUUUACCAUGUGAACGCCAUCAAUGACAUUUUAACGCACUAUUCUACAGCUGUUUCACAGCAAAUGAAUUCAGCAUCAGACGAUAAGAGUGCAGGGAUGACACCAUGAAGACAAUAAAACAAACAAACAAUGAACAAAUGCCUGAACUGAUGUGCAGUUGAUUUGCCCUCGUGACAUCUGAGGGAAAAAUGUCUGGCAAAAUGGCAAAUCUCAGUGAAUGUCUGCAGCCAGCAGAUAAUGAGCUACUUAACUGCUUAAAGUUUGACAUUUUCUGAAAUACACUCUUGCUUUCUUUCUGAGAGUUAGGUGAGACGAUCAAAACCACAUGAUCAUGGUCUUCUGUCUAACUUGAAAGGAAAGUACCGGUAAGUCUUUGAUUUGCACAAAAUCUCAAUAUUUUAGUGGAACUGUCUACAGUGUAAAUAUUUACAGUGCAUUCCUCUUUUAGCUAAAGCUGUUGUAAAAAGUGUACCACAUUUUCUUGAUGAACAUUUUGUAAAGAUCGUUUACACAAGAUUUGUUUUUUCAUGAAGCACAAAAGGUUGUACAAAUGCUGGGCUUGAUAAAUUCGAGAAAAUCUAAGAAAGCAGGGCUCAGACUUGGUGUGUUGUUGUUCACCUCAGGUUCAGGUUUCUGUUUUGCUGCUGCGGUUAGUCCUUUGUGAGCCUCAGCUGUCUUUGUAAACUUGUACCGCAGGGAUUUGACUGAACAAUCAAAACCACAUGUUUUCCGGGAUGUGAAGGUUUUUGGUUGUAAACUUUGUCAUUUUUACAACAGAGGUGUCAACAACCUUAAAAUCCACUCGUGACAUUGUACCCAGGAUUAAUUUUCUUUUCAUUAUUGAGCUUUGCAGCUGUUUCUCCUUUGGCACUCAUGCUGUUUUCACAUGAAAAGCAGGAUAGUAAAGAGCUUGAGAUUGUUCCAGCUGCCUACCUCAUCACAGUGAGAUAUGCAGUCUAACACUUAAUGACUCACCAUGGGGAGUGCAAUUCUUGUAGAGAGAUAAGUUCAUUCAUACUGUAUGAACUACAUUAUAUACAUUAUACUAUAUGUAUUACUU